GCUAACAUGUCGAGCUACGAUAGAGAGAAGAAAGUGGCGAAUAUUUAUCUUAAAACCACCUAAAAUCACACGAAGUUUAUUUAAAGGAACUGAAUAUCAACGGCUCUAGGUCUAAUGUGGUGCAUCUGCAUUGAGGGUGGCACCUGUUUGCUAUGGCAUCACCCCCCUUCCCUCUUUUCACCGUCCUGUUCCACCUGAUCUCGCUUCCUCUGCACUCGUCCUUCUUGCUGGACUCUUCCACUCCCUCGACGGCGUGCGAGCCCGGGCGCUCAUACGCGGUGCAUCUGAGUCCGGGCGCGGAAUCACCCCGAGGCCCCCUAGACGAGCUGGCCGAGGAGGUGGCGCUUGAAGUCGGCCUGGAGAGCCAUGGGCAGAUCGGGCACCUCCAGGGACACUACUUGCUGUGUCAGGUAGCGGGCGAGAAAGAGCACCUGCAGGCGGCCGGAGAGGCGCUGGGCGCUCACCCUCACGUGCUCUGGCACUCGCAGGAGAACAUUCUACGCAGGUCGAAGAGGGGCAUGACGUUCAAUGAUCCCAAAUACCCGAGCCAGUGGCAUUUGCACAAUGAUGUAAAGCAUGGGAUGGACAUCAACGUGACGGGCGUGUGGGAGCACAACAUCACAGGUGCAGGGGUCACCGUGGUCGUAGUGGACGAUGGCCUGCAGCACACGCUGGCCGACAUUCAGCCUAACUAUAGUCCAGAAGGCAGCUACGAUCUGAACUCCAACGAUCCAGAUCCCAUGCCACACCCAGACUCACACAGCGAUAACCAUCACGGUACACGCUGUGCCGGCGAGAUCGCUGCUGUGCCCAACAACAGCUUCUGCGCCGUAGGAGUUGCAUACGGCAGCAGGGUGGCAGGUAUCAGAGUUCUGGAUGGUCCCCUCACUGACAGCAUGGAGGCCGUGGCUUUCAACAAACAUUACCAGGUCAACGAUGUUUACAGCUGCAGCUGGGGUCCAGAUGACGAUGGCCGGACCGUUGACGGACCACAUCUCCUCGGCAAGGCUGCACUACAACACGGAGUUAUAGCGGGGAGAAGAGGCUUCGGGAGCAUUUUCGUUGUUGCCAGUGGUAAUGGAGGACUUUAUAGCGACAACUGCAACUAUGAUGGCUACGCCAACUCCAUUUACACGGUCACUAUCGGGGCAGUAGAUGAGAAUGGUAAGAUGCCUUUUUACGCAGAAGAGUGUGCCUCCAUGCUGGCUGUUACAUUCAGCAGUGGAGGGAAACAACUACGCAGUAUUGUGACGUCAGACUGGUCGCUGCAGCAGGGCACCGGUUGUACUGAGGGCCACACUGGCACUUCCGCAGCAGCUCCGUUGGCAGCUGGCAUGGUGGCGUUGAUGCUGCAGGUGCGGCCCUGUCUAACCUGGCGUGACGUCCAGCACAUCAUCACGUACACGGCGACUCAGUAUGACUCCGAUGGAGACUGGGAGACCAACGGCGCCGGCUUCCACCACAGCCACAAACACGGUUUUGGUCUGCUCAAUGCCUGGAGACUGGUCAAUGCUGCAAAGGUUUGGGAUUCCGUCCCCUUCCUGGCAUCCUAUCAGAGUCCACUUCUGAAAAUAGAGGAGACCAUUCCAGUCCACCCAAAGAGACUCGUCCUUGCUUGGAAUGUCACCUCUGAAGAUCUCCAGCAGUCAGGCAUGCAGACUUUAGAGCAUGUAUCUGUUACCGUGACCAUAAGCCACCCAAGGCGUGGUAACCUGGAGACUGUGCUUCUGUGCCCGAGUGGAAUGACCUCGCUCAUCGGCGCCAGAAGACCCCUGGAUACAGAUGCGACCGGAUUUACAGACUGGACUUUCUCCACUGUCCGGUGCUGGGGAGAGCGAGCCGAGGGCCAGUACAGCCUCCAAAUCACUGACUACUUUUCAGGUGAAGCGUCUCUUUCUCUGGGCACGCUGAAGCACUGGAAGCUCACGCUGUACGGCUCUGCUCUGUCUCACCAGGACGUGUUAAACAGACAGAGGCUGGUGGAGGAGGCUAUGAAUGGCCAGUACCUGGGCAGCAAUUUCUCACUGCCAUGCCCGCCUGGGUUAGACAUCGCUCCUGAGGUGGUCAGCCCGUUCACAGCCAACACCCUUAAGUCUUUGCUGCUCCUGGGUUGCUUUGCACUCUUCUGGUCCCUGUACUACACCCUGGAGAUGAUAUGCGCCCACGUGGACUGGCGGGGUCUGCGACGUGCUGCUCAACGUGCGAGAGGCACCAGGGCGCCCGCAUCGAGGUCCAGCCAGAUCCUUCAGAUGCACCCUGUGACGGACAUAGAGGCCAAACUGCCCCUUAUAGGAAAAGAUGGGGGCACGUAGCCCUCAGGGGAGUGAAAACGGGAGCUAGACCUGAGUCAGACACCUUACUCAGACCGAGCAGCUUCUCUGUGAUCAGUAUUUAAGUGCUCACGGUGUUUAUUUAGGUAAGGGAACCAGGAUGAACAAUCAAAAGCUGACAUUCGUGUUGAGUGUCUUUCCUUCUGAACAAUUCAGUGACUAAUAAGGAAAGUGUGGUAAGUGUGUGUGUGUGUUUCAGAGAGACGAGUGCUCUAUUUUUAUUAAAUAUUUUCUGCAGGUUUUGUCCUUUAGAAUGAUAGAAGUGUAAUAAUAACUGGGUCUACUUGAGUCGUUUAGGCCGACAUCCAUCACUUUCCUUUCAAUCCUUCUUCCUCACUUUCGCCCAAAGCUUCGAGCCUAAAAUACGGAUUACUGUACACGGAGCGUGUCAUAUCCAGUGUUCCCUUUUUACAGGGAUGGUUUUUAUGAAAACGGAUGCCUUUUAAAAACUUGAGUAUUUUUACUGAGGUGAAGUGUACUUCUUUAAAAAUCCAAAGACGUAAAUGUGACAGCUGGUCUGAAUACAAUCAAUAAAUAAUAAUAAUCUUU